CGUCGUAGCCAGGCGGUGACGUCAGCGGGAGCUGUUCAGAGCGGUGUGGUGCUGAAGAGACAAACUCUUCCUCGCCUCUCGGCUCCGGCUCAGUCAGCCCGGCCGCCUCUCGCUGCUCUCUCCCGCUCCCUCUCUCCUCUUUGGCUCUCUCCACACUCGGUCCCUCGGUUUUAUAUCUUCAUUUAUUUAUUAAUUUCCGUGGAUUUCACUUUGAUUUUAAAUCACCGAUAGGAGGAUACAGAAGAAGAAAACGAGCGCACACAUGUGGGGAGAGAUUUCCAACAAGUCCUAAGGGGAAACGCUGAUGUUUAAUGGGCGCCACCUCCCGAGCUCGUUGGACUCCUUGCAAUCAUAGACCUAUCAUCAACGGAAAAGCUCUCAUCAUGGAAACCCCCUGCCUCCAGACGGCGCUCCAUCAUCCCUCCUGUAGAGGGAGUGUUUGCUGAGGGAGGGGUGGUGAGACUGAGACGAGCUCGCCUGUGAAGAUUAAAAAAAAAAACAUUUUAAAAAUCACCCAAACCAUGUAGUGUACCUCUCUCCAAGGAGGGGGGAGGGUCUACACUGAAGUCUGAUUUCUUUUUCUAUUUAUUUCCGUUUAUGUAAUCUCAGAUUUGUGUUCGCUUGUUUUAAAGAGUGUAUGUGGGUGUGGACAGAGUGUGUGAGGUGAGGAGAAAGCGACAGAGAGGAAGAAAGAGAGAGAGAGAGAAAGAAAGAAGGUGAAAGAGAUGGUCCUCCACAUCACCCCGUACUCCAGUGCCUGUUUGCACUUCCUGGACGGCUUGUCAUGGAGCCUGGUGUUCCCCUGCUACUGGCUCCUGGACCGGCUCUUGGCCUCCUGCGUGGCCACCUCGCUGGAGAAACGCCAACGCUCCCAGGACCCCUGCUCCUUCCUCACCGUGUGUGUCCUGAUCUCGGCGCCCCUUUACCUGCUCCUCCUCCUCGCCUCGCUGCCCUUCGCUCUGCUGGGCUUCAUCAUCUGGGCUCCCCUGCAGGCCGUCCGCCAGCCGUACCUGUACACAUACCGCAGACCAGACAAGAACCAGGCCGAGCAGGGCCAGGCUGGACCAGGAGGUGUCGGGACUGGGGAAUGGAGACCACAAGGCAGAAGCUUCUGUUUCGCCAGUGCCAAUGUAUGCCUGCUGCCUGACUCCCUGGCCAGGUUCAACAACCUGUCAGACACCCACAGGAGAGCCCGGGAGGUGGGGAAGAGGAUCCGCAAUGGUGCCAGUCGGCCUCAGAUUAAAAUCUACAUCGACUCACCUACCAACACUUCCAUCAGUGCGGCAUCCUUCAGCAGCCUUGCUACAGGUUUUCGACGUACCUCCUCUCUGGACCAGCGUCCAGAUCAAACACACACCACCAACGGCCCAGCCGACGGCGAGACCGAACCCCUCACUGAGUGCCCGAUACACCCCUCAGGUGCCAUCGACUGCCCCGUUCAUCCCCCUGCAGGAGACCAGGGCUCUUCUGAAUGCCCCCUUCAUUCAGACACUACAGCAGACUGCCCCCUCCACUCUGCAGGGACUAACGGCAGCUCAGACUGUCCCGUUCACACCUCAGGGGAGGCUUCGGACUGCCCCAUGCAUUCCACGGGGGCUCAGAAUGGCCAAGGCCAUCAUGACUGUCCCAUGCACGGGGACGGGACCCAGGUAAAACCAUCCCCAGACUGUCCACUUCACACCUCAGGGGUUCAAAUCAGCAUCAGCGCCCCAGAACCGGACCCCCAGGAGGACGAGGCCGAAACAGGGAACCAUCGGCCCGGGGAGCAAGCAGGGGGCGACACAGGCAGCAUGACUGCCUCCAGGGAAUCCCUCGCUCGUUACCAUGGAAGCGACGGCGGUGUUGGGAUAUCCUCCAACAAUACCUUGUCCCACGUCCCUCGCACGUCGAUCUUUAAGCGCCCUGGACGUAAACGUCGCCACGGAGAUGAGACGUUCGACCAUGAGAUCUCUGCCUUUUUCCCUGCCAAUUUGGAUUUCCUGGCGCUGCAGGAAGUGUUCGACCACGGAUCGACGACUAGACUGCGGCGGCAGUUGCAUCGCUACUUCCCCUACGUGCUGAGUGAUGUCGGGCGGUACGGCUGGAAAGGAUGCUGCUCAAGGUUCAAAUUCCUGAACAGUGGACUGAUGCUGGCCAGUCGAUACCCAAUCCUGGACGCACGGUACGAGUGUUACCCCAACGGGAGAGGGGAGGAUGCACUGGCAGCCAAGGGGGCGCUGUUUGCCAAGGUUCACGUGGGCACCUCCCAUCAGGAGCAAAGGGUUGUGGGAUAUCUCACGUGCACGCACCUCCACGCCAUAGAAGUUGAUGCGUCCGUACGCUGCGAGCAGCUGGACUGGUUGCUCCAGUGGGGCGCCGAGUUUCGCCAAUCCUCAUCCCAGCCGCCUGAAGGAGAGAAGGUGCUGGAAGACCUGGUGGCCUUUGACGUCAUCCUGGGAGACCUCAACUUUGAUAACUGCUCUUCAGAGGACAAGCUGGAGCAGCAGCAUGCACUUUUUAC